GUGUCCUCGGGCCCCCUGGGGCAGCCCAGCGGGCCAGGUCCUGCUCUCCUGGGGCCUCGGAGGCCCCUGCAGGCGGGUGCACGGGGAGGUGCCGCCGGGAAUGCGGAGCCCACACUUGGGAGUGAAGCUGGGGCAAGACGUGCUGGGAAGGAAGAGCCCUUGUGAGUCUGACGGGGGUGGGGUGCAGACCUGGGCGAGCUUCCUCUCUGGCUUGUGUCUCCUCUGCUGUCAGUACGUGGAGAGCCCCCGCUUCGACCGCCGCAACCUGGACCCGGUGUCCCUGCUGCACCAGACCACGUCCGGCCUGGCGCACCUGCACUCCCUCGGCAUAGUUCAUCGGGACCUGAAACCCUGCAACAUCCUCAUCUCUGCCCCCAACAGCCACGGGCAGGUCCGGGCUGUCAUCUCCGACUUCGGCCUCUGCAAGAAGCUGCAGGGGGGGCGGCAGAGCUUCAGCCUCCGCUCGGGGAUUCCGGGCACGGAGGGCUGGAUCGCCCCCGAGCUGCUGUGCGAGGACUCGAAGGAGAACCCGACGUGCGCAGUGGACGUCUUCUCAGCCGGCUGCGUGUUUUACUAUGUGCUGUCAGGGGGGGCGCACCCCUUCGGGGACAGCCUGCGGCGACAGGCUAAUAUCCUGCAGGGCACCUCCCAGCUGGCCUGGCUGGCGGAAGACACUCACGACAACGUGGUUGCAAGGGAACUGAUCUCGGUGAUGAUCAGCAGCGAAGCCCAGGCGCGCCCCUCGGCCCCACAGGUCCUCGUGCAUCCCUUCUUCUGGAGCCGGGAGAAGCAGCUGCAGUUCUUCCAGGACGUCAGCGACCGUAUCGAGAAGGAGCCUGCGGAGGGACCCAUCCUCACUGCCUUGGAGUCUGGGGGGCCCUCGGUCGUGAGGUUGAACUGGAGAGCGCACAUCUCCGUCCCGCUGCAGACAGACUUGAGGAAGUUCCGCACGUAUAAGGGCAGCUCGGUACGGGACCUUCUGCGAGCCAUGAGGAACAAGAAGCACCACUACCACGAGCUGCCGGCAGACGUGCAGGAGACGCUCGGGGCCAUUCCUGAUGAGUUUGUUCAGUACUUCACGUCUCGCUUCCCCUGGCUGCUGCUUCACACGCACUCAGCCAUGCAGAGCUGUGCCACGGAGCGGCCCUUCCACCCCUACUACCUCCAGCAGCCCGGAGACCUUGGACACGAGAGGAGAAGCCACAGCUGGGAGAGAACUUAGAGCCGGGUCUAUGCUGCCAAAGGGCAGCCUGAGGGAACAGAGAUCCCAGCAGGCCGAUGGAUCAGCCACAAGGGCCUCGAUUGUUUCUUUCGAAUGCAGAGAUCUCUGCAGGAUUGUGUCCCACCGACCUACGCAGCUUCACAACCCGCCCUCUCCCCUUCCCCCCCCCCUUGCACUAGUGCCCUGGGGAGGUCAUGGCCUCCUUUUCCAGGGAGAGGCCUGGGCUGGGAACGCAAGGGAGUUUGCUCGGCUGGUGUGUCUGUCUGGGGCUGCUCCUUCAGUCGCCCAGAGCUGGCUCCUCGUGGGUGGGGAACAGACUCUGCAGAUGGCUUGAAGGGGUGAGUCCCUCUCUUGGGAACGGCUUUUAAAUGGAAGCUGCCUUGGCCACGGUACUUACAGGGCAUCACUGGAGCUCUUCCCGCUGCAGUCCAGGGCAGACGCAGGACAUGUCAGUGGCUUGCUAGCCAGCCCGACAGACCCUUUCACUUCUGCUCUGCACACGUGUGUUGACUGGGCACAAGGGUCUCUGAGUAGUUCGUUGCUCUCGAUACGUAUGCAUUCCCACUGGCUCCUCCAGCGCCCUGAAUCCUCGGGGCUGGACCCUUCCCCAGAGCAGGCGCCUCUUAAACUGUCCCAUGUCCAAAGGGGUCUGGCUCGAAGAGCCAGCCUAGCACCUGUGUUUGCUGACUCAGCAGUAGGGAUGUGCGGGGCUAACCAAGCCGCAUCCUUAACAGGUGAGACUUCCUGGUUAUGGGUAACCGGUGGGGGCUGGAGCAGCCCCCCACUCACCGCUGUGUAAUCCGUUAACCGGUUCAACAUACAGUUUGGCCAGUUAGCUAAUUAAACGGGAUUUUCUAUCCCCAGUCGGCAGGGGCCUGGCUCCAGUGCAUGUCCAGGCUGCUCGGUCGCUGCCGGUGUUGAGCCUGAACCAUUUCGGAGAACGAAAAAUCGCCGAGGGAAGUGACGCGUCCAGGGAUCGGCACAGACUGCAGUGCAUGGUGGGAAAUGGGUCUGUCAAGGCCAACUAAGGCAGCAGCUAGGGACAGGCCGGCCCUUGCGCAUCAGAAGGGGAACCCGCAGGGCCCUUGCUUGCCUAUGUGCGUCUGCUAGAGCAGCACACGUCUCUCCUUGGUUCCUCUCCAUGCCGCGCUGGAAGCUGGCGUCCAACGGCCUGUUCAGAACUUCCCUGUGCCUGGCUGGACUCGUGGUCGUGACACUGGAUCUGCGCUUAGGCCCUGUCUGGGCCUCCCACCCGCCUGGGCCUGGGCGGGGUGUUUUGUGUACAGAAGUUGGAGGCCGCAGUUCUGAGAGGAGGGUUCUCUCUGCUGCAUGGCCGGGAGGAGCUGGCCGGGGCUGGGCACAGAGGGUUUGUGGCAGCUCAGCUUGCAGGAUGUAAGCGCAGGGCCUGGGUGCAGGAGCACCUCCUGGUGCCUCUUGUCCCCACCGGGGCCAUUCAAGGAGUGGCCUUGCCCAGCUCUGGAGGCACGCGGGCGAGGCUGCCCCAGAAUUGCAGUGAUGAAGUCCCUGUGUGCGUGGCUGACUGACCAGCUCCCCUGUUCUCAGCCCAGCUCACAGGUGGGAAGGUCUGAGAGGCAUGCCUGCCGCCACCGCUGACCGCGAGGCCUCCAGUGAUUAGCCCCCCAUUUUCUGUUCAUACAUAGAGGGGGACCUUCUCCUCUGGGCAGAGCGCCCCCCUUGGUCCGUAAGGCCUGACUGGCCCCCGCUCUCCCAGGACCCCCAAGAAGCUGCAGGAAAGGCCACAGCUUCCAGUCUCCCAUCGCGAGAAUCCUUUUGCAGCUGCUCCAGCAUCCCAUCUAGAAUCUCCCUGCAGAGGCCACAUCUGAGCCGUGCCCAAGAGAACAGUUGCCAUGGAGACGGUGGGAGCAUUUCCUGGUUUUCCUCCUUCCAGGACAGGCCGGGCCUGGCUGGGAGCAGGCCAAGGAUCCUGAGUGAGGCGUUGCACCCGCUGGUUCUCACUCAAGGGCCUAGGCCGAGGGAGGGGGGAGGAGAGACCCCGGGAGCCUUCCCACUAACGAGGCCUGCUCCAGCUCCGCCAGGACAGAAGAGUACCCGUCGGCAGAGGGGGCUGAGGCCUUGAGACCGGCCUCUCCCCGGAGCUGGGUGGCACUUGCGGGGCUGAGUCCUGGCCAGGCUGCAGCUCACGCAACGGGAGACUCGCUAACGUGUCUCUGAGCCCCUUCUGCAUUCAGCAGCCCGGGGGGCACGCGCUGCUGGGGUCUCAGGGCCCCAGGCCUGACAGUCUCUGCUAGCUCUGCUUGCCUGCUGCUUGGGGCGUGGGGGUUGGGCUUUGAUGGAGCUGGUGCGAGGGCUGUUCCUGUGGUGACAAGCGGCUUGCACCGGGGCGCUGGGCAGAACAUUCGAUACGGCCGGGAACGUGUUGUACCGCACGCUGUAAAUACAGAUGGUUUUGAAAGUUUGGCCUUGUGGCAAUACCUGACCCACCUGCUUGGGAGCUGCAGCUCCAACCCGCAGGGCCCCAAAAUGUGCAUGUUCAGCCCUGCCCGGGA